GUGCCCACGUGUAAAUUAGUGUGAAUUGAAUGACUACUGUUUGACUACGCAUUAUGUUUAUCUCACUGAAAGUUAUCAACAACGUUAUCUGGCUGGUGAAGUCUGUCAAAUUCUAUCAGUUUGUAGUGUAUGGUUAUGAAAUCUCGGACAUUAAAUAUAAUUAGAAAAAUGAGCAAAGUCCAGCCGAACCCAGCCAAAACUGCGCUUAGGGCAGAGAUCGACGAACAGAUUUCAGCUCUUUCUGAAGAGGAAAAGAAGAGGCAGUCGGAAGUCGUCUUUCAAAAGCUGGUAAACCACCCCUGGUACACGAACGCUGAGAGGAUUUCGCUGUUCCUGAGCACAGACAGGGAGAUCAACACAUUCCCCAUCCUGGACCACAUCAGAAGCAGAGGGGCCCAUGCGUUCGCCCCGCAAUACGCUGGAGGACGUAUGAGGAUGUUGCGUAUGGACACUGAUGAUGAAAAGGAUAUGCCGGAGACGAAGCACGGCAUCAAACAGCAUUCCAAGGAGGUGGUGAGGGAAGAUGCUAUGUUGACCGGUGGUCUCGACCUGAUCAUAGCGCCAGGGGUGGCAUUCGCGAGAUCCGGAGACAGAUUGGGCCACGGCGGAGGGUACUAUGAUAGGUACAUGAAACUUGCUCGCGCCAACCCUAAUGCUGCUCCGAAGGUGGUAGCCGUAGCGUUCGACUGUCAAAUCGUGGAAUCCGUGCCAAUGGACGAGCACGACCAGAAGGUGGACCUGGUGUUGUUCCCUUCAUCAACAAUAAUAUAUGUGCUAGUCAGUUGUAGAAAUUUGUCGAGGAAAUACUGUGAAAUAUUUAAAAUAUUACUAACAAAAAUGACAACGCCUAACCCAGAAAAGGCUGUACUUAGGUUAGAGAUCGACAAUCGUCUCGCUGCGCUUACUGAAGAGGUUAAAAAGAGACAAUCCGAAAUCGUCUUCCAAAAGCUAAUCAACCACUCCGUGUACCAAAAAGCCAAGCGUAUCUCCGUAUUCCUGAGCACAGCCACAGAGAUAGACACACGACCUAUCAUAGACCACAUCAGGGACAGAGGGGCGUCAGCCUUCGUGCCUCAGUACAUCGGAGGACGUCGGAUGAGGAUGCUGAAGAUGGAGAAGGGAGAUGAGGACCUCAUGCCGUACACCAGGCAUGGGAUACAACAGCAUCCGAGGGAUUUGGUCAGGGAAGACGCUUUGGAGAGAGGUCUGGAUCUGAUCAUAGCCCCGGGCGCAGCGUUCACCCGCGCGGGAGACAGACUGGGUCACGGCGGACGAUAUUACGACAACUUCAUAGCUAGUACUAGAGGCAAUCCUGAUACUGCUCCCAAGAUAAUCGCCGUUACGUUUAAUUGUCAGGUAGUGGAUUACGUUCCCAUGGAGGAACACGACCAGGCGGUCGACGAAGUAUUGUUUGCUGAGUAAGAACGUCAUUAUGAGAAUAUAUGUAGCGUCAGUGUUACGGCUGAACCGUCUGUAUUAUCUACCUACGAGUAUAUCAAUUGUAAAUUGACAUAGGUAGAUAAUAUUUUACAAUGGAAUGAAAUUAUAUGAAUUACAAUUUUUUUUUAAUAUAAUUACGAUACGAUUAUUUAAGAUAUCUUUAUAUUUGUAUGCCAAAUAGGCUGAAUGUAUGGAAUACAUUUUAAAACACAAAACAAAAACUUUGUUUAAAACACAAAAAAAAAUACUUUCUUUCUUUCUUUACUUAUAUUUGGCUUGACUUAUGUUUAGCCUUUAUCAUUUCGGCUAGACCUAGGUACAGUCCAGUGCAGUUUUGUCAAAAAGAGCCAAAAA